AACGGAGAUGGAAGAAAGAAGUGUAAGCAAAACCUGUAAUUAUCUGUACCUGAGGGGACCUAAUGGACGCUCACACCUGUUCACCUGUCCUAUUAACCUAACUUAUUCUAUCCACUUGUCCUAUUUAAUCCACUUGUAUCAUUUUCUUGACCUAUGCACCUGUUCUAUCCUUCUGUUCUGUUCUGUUCACCUGUCCUAUCCACCUGUCCUGUCCACCUGUUCCACCCACCUGUGCUAUUCUGUUCACCUGUCCACUCAUUCACCUUUGUGAGUAGCGGGGCCUCUUCUUCGGUGGCUCCUCAUCAUCAUCUUCUGAGCGCACUAUGAUGACGCUGUCCUCUUCCCUACACAGCCUCAGGUUCAGGCUAAAGGGGAUUGAGAACAGUUUUAAAGGAGUCGAGUCUGAGGUUAAGUGAAUCGAGUCAGAGUCAAAGGACACCGAAUCUGAAUUUAAGGGAGUCGAGUUUGCGUUUAAGGGGGACGAGUCCGAGUUAGAGGGAAUCGAAUCCGAAUUUUGAGGAAUCGAAUCCGAAUUUUGGGGAACUGAAUCCGAAGUUAAAGGAAUCGAGUCUUCAUGUGAGGGAGUCCGAUCGCCCAUCACGCCGCUGGACGAGGAAAGGAGACUGAUCCACCAGGCCACUCCAUUGGGCGGCCACUUCACUGCGUUACUCCACUGCCCCACCAGCGCCUGCACGCCCUCGGAGGAGACGUACCAGACCCGCGUAGGUCGCCAUUCGGCCCAGUCGUCCCGCCUCUGGAAGAAGACCAUAUACCCCUCAUCCUCUGACCUCAUGGGCCACGUCGGGGGAGAGAUGGUCGUGGAAGAGGACGAGGGCGGUGAGGUACUCGGGUCCUCAGAGAAAGAAGUGGACCUGGUUCUCUUUGGCAUGUUGGUUUUCAAAGGACUCGUCAAAGUGUUGUUCUGAAGACAAAGAUGGCAGUGAGGGGGGGCAGCACAGUGUUCAUUGAUGCCUCGGCACUUGGGGAGCUGACGAGCCAGCUGACGUCCCAAGACCUAGAGAGUCUGGUGGGCAACAUCCAGCCGGCAGACUUGAAGGCUCUGCAGGAGGCAACUGAGGGUCAUGUGGUGGACACUCCUGGAGUGCUCAUCUCUGAUGGGGUGACAGUGGGCAACAUUGUGGAGGUGGAGGGUGUAGAGAGCGGAGUGCUGGAAGAGUCUCAGCAGCUGGACUCCCAUGCUCACCACCAGCCAAUGGAAGUGGACACCCUCACUGACCAUGACCAGGUCAUUGGUGAAAUGGACAUGCUGCAGCAGGGUGGUGAGCUGAUUGGCAUGGCAGGAGAGGAGAUGUCCACAGGCGGUGAGGCUGCCACCACCUCGGCUCUGCUGGCUUCUGUGUCUUCGGGUGACUCCUCUUCCUCCCAGAUAGUUUCAGAGACGCCACAGCUCAUAAAGAGCAGCUUGGGCCAGUUUGUAGUUCUGCAGCAGAACCAGCAGAAUAACAUCUCUAUUGGUUCCAUGGCCAACCGAAUCAUCACAUCGGGCGGCCAGGUGGUGAGCACAGUGUCGGGCCCUAGCAGCAGCAACAACAGCAAGCCGGUGGUGGUGAACACAUCUCAGCUCAGUGGGGGAGUGAGGCAGCAGAUGGUGGUCACCUCGCAGGCCCACCCAGUGCGGACGGUGCAGUUCAAGCAGUCAUCGCAGACCCAGUCACACAACAGCAGUGGUACGGUGACCAAGGUGAUCAUCGGCAGUCAGGCUGGCGGGGGCAUGAGCAACAUUGGGAGCCAGCAGGUGCGCCUCAUCACCAGCCAGAGUGGUAAUACUGCAGCCUCCCCUGCCAAGCUGACCUUGCAGCAGGCACAGCAUGUGGGCUUCUUGCCAUCCUCCAAGCCACAGGGCCAAUCUCCAAACAAGAUUGUUGUGCAGCGGGUGAGUAUGGGUGGAGUGUCCCCUGUGAAGAGUCCCAAUAAGUUGGUCCCUGUGUCCUCCAAGUCACCCACCAAAAUUGCCCCAGCCCCUCCUUCCACACAGCAGAUUUUAACUCAAGUGAGCAGUGGUGGAGCUGUGAGGAACAUUCUUUCAAGUCCUCAGAAGAUUGUCAUAAAGAGCAAUAUUCCUCAACCUGGACAGGGGACAGUGAGCACCGUCCGGAGUGGCCAGAUUGUCACUUCUGGGGGACAGCAGGUCAUCAAGAUUCCAGCCAAUCAAGUGCAGCAACUGACAGCACAGCAGCAAAAUGUGCAAGUUCUCUCCAAUAAGGGGAACAAGCAGCGGGUGAUCAUCCCAGUGUCCGGCUCAGGCUCGUCCAAUGUGUCAGGUGGGAUGCCUCAGACCAACCUGACCCUCCCAGCCUCUGCCCUGCCCCCAGGAGUCCUUUCCAACACCCAGCCAGGUUCAGUGGUUAUGAUCCCAGCUCACUACAUGUCACAGCUUCAGUCAAACACUACAAGCAACAGCACAAUUCAAGCAUCAAACCAGAUUCCUCCAGGAACCAUCAUCCCACACACCACAAAGCCACAGCCUUCUCGCACAAUCAUUGAUGCAAAUGGGAUCAGACCAAGAAAACCUUGCAACUGUAAAAAGAGCCAGUGUCUUAAAUUAUACUGUGAUUGCUUUGCAAAUGGAGAAUUUUGCAACAACUGUAAUUGUGCAAACUGUUUCAACAAUUUAAAUCAUGAGGAGGAUAGACAGAAAGCAAUCAAGGCAUGUUUGGAUAGAAAUCCCCAAGCUUUCCGGCCAAAGAUUGGCAAAGGUGGAAGCGAUAAUGAAAGGAGACACAACAAAGGCUGCAACUGUAAGCGGUCUGGGUGCCUGAAGAACUACUGUGAAUGUUAUGAGGCAAAGAUCCCAUGCUCCAACAUGUGCAAGUGUGUGGGCUGCAAGAAUGUGGACAUGACACCAGCACUGGAGAGGAAGGGACUGAUGCAGCUGGCCAAAUGUGCUGAAGCACGGGUCAAUCAGCAGAAGGCCGUUAAAUCAAAAUUACCUUCAUUCUCACAUCACUCACCCAAUAAAAUGAUUCUUCCUACCACUUCAAAAUCUGGUUACUAUCGAAUGAACAAGGAGGUGGUGGAGGCAACAUGCCAGUGUUUGCUAGCACAGGCAGACAAGGCAGAGGGAGCCUUGGUGUCAGCUGCUCAGUUGGAACAAACUGUCAUCUCGGAGUUCUCACGAUGCCUAAUGCAGAUCAUUGGCAGCUACACGUCACGAUCUAGAGUUGUGAAGGAGAAUGUCAGUCUGGUAAUAUCUCGCCAGCUGCUCUCAGACGUCUCUACGCAACUCACAUCCAUGGCUGAUGGUGUGGCAAAGACAGUAGCCCACUUCACUCUUGAUAAAGUUCAGCCUCAAGUCAUCAGCUUUAAGGAACAAGUGGCCAGCAUCAGGCAACACCUUGCUGACAUAUAUGAGAGGGAGAGUUCCUGGAGAGAAGCAGCAGCUGUUCUUACUGGAAUUCCUCUCGAAACAGGACAGAAGCAGUACAGUGUUGACUAUAAGCUGGAAACCUACCUCAAGAUUGCCCGCCUCUAUCUGGAGGAUGAUGACCCAGUGCAGGGAGAGGCAUAUAUUAACAGAGCCAGCAUCCUGCAGGCAGAGUCCAAGAAUGAACAGCUGCUCAUCUACUACAAAGUUUGUUAUGCAAGAGUUUUGGAUUACCGACGGAAGUUCAUAGAGGCAGCCCAGAGGUACAAUGAGUUGUCUUACCGACCCAUCAUUCAUGAGGAUGAGAGGAUGGAAGCUUUGAAGAAGGCUCUCAUCUGUACUGUCUUAGCUUCAGCAGGCCAGCAGCGAUCCAGGAUGCUGGGGACGCUGUUCAAGGAUGAGCGUUGCCAAAAGCUGCCCUGUUAUCAUAUCCUGGAGAAGAUGCACCUUGACAGGAUCAUCCGCCACAAUGAACUCACAGAAUUUCAGAACAUGCUGCAGCCACAUCAGCAGGCCACCACAUCAGAUGGAUCUACCAUUCUGGACAGAGCUGUUACAGAACACAACCUGCUGGCAGCUAGCAAGCUUUAUAACAACAUAACGUUCUCUGAACUUGGGGCUCUCCUUCAAAUAUCUCCAGCAAAAGCUGAGAAAAUAGCCAGCCACAUGAUUACUGAGGGACGCAUGAAUGGGUACAUAGAUCAGAUUGAUGGCAUCCUCCACUUUGAGGCACGUGAUGUCCUUCCUCAGUGGGAUAAGCAGAUCCAGUCUCUCUGUUUCCAAGUGAAUGGCAUCAUUGAAAAAAUCAAUAUUGCACAUCCAGAAUGGGUGGCUAAGGUUAUGGAUGAACAAAUGAUGCAAUGAUAGAACAAAUUCCAGACUAGUGUUAUAAUUUGUUCCAGUAAGUAUGCAGGAUCAAGAGUUAUGGCAUGUGAAUUUGCAACAUGUGUUCUGGUUUACAUUUUUGAGUAUUACACUAAAGAUAGAUGUAAGAAAAUUACAGAAUAUUUGAAGUGCAAGAUAAAGAAGCUCAAUAAAAUUAUUGAACCAUAAAAUUCAUCCUCUUAACUACAGCUAAUGCCUAUGAUACAGGUUGGACAGGAAGACUUUAAGGUUAUCAGCCCAUCACUACCACUGUCAUACCUUUUGCCCCUUCAUCCUGUCUGUCCUACCUCCCAUCACCUGCAUGUGGUCUGGUGUACAUACAUGUCUACUCUCACAACUGACCCUUGUAGGCUCCACAAACUGAUGGUACUUACAGGUGACUUGUUCUGUUACUUACCUUCUAAUCCAGCAGCAAGAUGUAGGAUGCUGUGUGCUCGGUGUUAAAUGUAUGUGUGUGUGCAUGCGCGCUUGCACCAGCGUGAUCUGGCAAGGUGAAAGUUGCCAUGCUCCUCUCACCAUCUUCCUCCAGUCAGUGUUGUAAAUGUGAUGUUCACUACUUUACUGUCAAGGUGAUGUAAUUAAAGAAUGCUGAUUACAGUGAAUAUGCUAAUGAGAGGCAACCCUUUCAUAAAUCUGCUGCGGGUGGUCCUAAUGAAGCGUAACCCUGCAAACUUUCGCAGGGGAAAGAAAAUGUUCUCCGAAAAGUAGCCAUAGUAUAACUAAGGGAAGAGAGAAAGAAGAAGAAGAAAAAAAAAGUACUUCAAGAAGCAUCAGGAGGCAGACCAUGGAAGCAGGCAAGACAGAGGGUGAAGGCUAGGAAGGCUUAUUAGGCGGGUGGGAGAGCGCGAUGGCUCGGUGGGAUUGACUGAUCCUGUGGGAUGUACUGAUGCCUUCCCUUUGCCUUUCUCUGUACCAUCAGUCCCGGGACUCAGGCUCUGCGUCUCACGAGGAAGGUAUAAAGUCUUAAUUGGUGUCUUAUGGUACGUGCACUGAGAAAGGUGGUUUCCCCGCGUGAGCAAGGCUUUCUAGACUUGGCACACGUGUGUAGCAUACACGGUGCCGGGUCAUGGACAGUAAAAAGUCGAAAUGUGUGAAAGUGGAAUUAAUCUGUCACUCGAACCGUAGAAAAAACACUUAUCUUCAAUUAGAGCCUUUUAAAUGUAGAAGUCUUAUUAAUCUGUCACUAGAACCGUAAAAAGACCCUUAAAAAACAAUGUAGCUUCAACUAGACCUUUGGAAAAUAGAAAUCAUGAUAAUCUGUCAUUAUAGCCGUUAAAAAAAAAAAAAAAACUUAACCCAUGUAACUUAAACUAGGUCCUUUGAAUGUAGUGGAGGUGCGGCACAGAAGUCUUUCAGAAUAAUGGGCGUGGAGCUGCGACACUGCCAGGUAAACGAUUCAAGAAGUUAGGUGUUUGCCGUAUGACCCGAUGUUAUUACUUGCUUUGGUGACGUCAGAUUAACACUGAAGGCCGUAUUCUUAAUCUUAAGGAAUCGGCAACGACCUGAUGAUGAUGAUACACACACACACACACACAUUUUCCUACCAUCUACUGCGCUUAUAGCAUUUCAUCUGUUAUAUUUGUUUAUUUUUGUAAUUUAAUUUUCUAUUAUUUUUCAAUUGAGUGUUGUAAGGGCUUCCCACAAGUAGACUCUACUUACCUUUCAGCUGGCUUAUCCACCUACUAUCUCUAAUAGUGCCCGUCCCUUAUGCUAGGACGCAGGGCUCCCUGUGCACUCCAUCAUUACAGAUUCACUCUAUCCCUCGUGUUUGCGUAUACCUUUCUCUUCCUUCCAGUGAGGUAGUCAGCCUGAGGGUCCUGUAUUCAGCACAUCUUUUGUCGUGUUCUAUAAAUUUGCACUUUAAUUGCA